CGUCCUGUAGCCGAGCAGCAGACACACGGGUGACGGUGGGAGGAACCAGAGGGGGUGCAGACCUGUCCCCGUAAACCCACCUGGAUCGACGCCGUGCCCCGUUAACGGCACUAACAUUACCGUCCCCGCCGGGGCUCAGCGCUGACCGGCCGGCGGAGCGGGGCUUACUCCUUACCUGCUCUCCAUACCGGGGGGUCACGGCACCGGGAGCUCCGGGAGAGCUCCGGGAGAGGCUCCACGCUGGUCCCCGGGACCGCAGCGCCCUCUCUCUUCUCCCUUUCUUUCCCCCCCUUUUUUUUUCUUUUAUUUUUGCGUGUGUCGGCGGAGGAGGAGCAGGCAACAACUGGGAAUAAGACAGCAGAAACUCCGUUUGCUCGGGUUUAUAUCCCCGAUAAACGACCGGGAUCGGGACGCACAUCUCUGUUGAAGGAGGCAGGAGGGUGUUGGGUGUUGGGGGGUGUUUCUCCCCGGCCGGGGUCGGACUAUGGCGGACGACGACAUCCUCUUUGAAGAUGUGUACGAGCUGUGCGAGGUGAUCGGCAAGGGUCCCUUCAGCGUGGUGCGGAGAUGCAUCAACAGAGAGACGGGGCAGCAGUUUGCUGUCAAGAUCGUGGACGUGGCCCAGUUCACGUCCAGUCCCGGACUCAGCACAGAAGAUCUGAAGAGGGAGGCCAGCAUCUGCCACAUGCUCAAGCACCCUCACAUCGUGGAGCUGCUGGAGACCUACAGCUCGGAUGGGAUGCUCUACAUGGUGUUCGAAUUUAUGGACGGAGCAGAUCUGUGUUUCGAGAUCGUGAAGAGGGCAGACGCCGGCUUCGUCUACAGCGAAGCGGUGGCCAGUCACUACAUGAGGCAGAUCCUGGAGGCGCUGCGGUACUGCCAUGACAACAACAUCAUCCACAGAGAUGUCAAGCCUCACUGCGUGCUGCUGGCCUCCAAGGAGAACUCUGCGCCGGUGAAGUUGGGCGGGUUUGGAGUGGCGAUCCAGCUCGGGGAGUCUGGCCUGGUGGCAGGAGGUCGGGUGGGAACUCCUCACUUCAUGGCUCCAGAGGUGGUGAAGAGGGAGCCGUACGGUAAACCCGUGGACGUGUGGGGCUGCGGAGUCAUCCUCUUCAUCCUCCUCUCGGGGUGCCUCCCCUUUUACGGCACCAAGGAGCGACUGUUUGAAGCCAUCUGCAAAGGCAAAUACAAGAUGAAUCCUCGGCAGUGGGGCCACAUCUCGGAGAGCGCCAAGGACCUGGUGAGGCGCAUGCUGAUGCUGGACCCGGCUGAGAGGAUCACCGUGUACGAGGCUCUGAACCACCCCUGGCUGAAGGAGAGGGAUCGAUACGCCUACAAAAUCCACCUGCCAGAGACGGUGGAGCAGCUAAGAAAGUUUAAUGCCAGGCGAAAGCUCAAGGGGGCCGUGCUGGCCGCCGUGUCCAGCCACAAGUUUAACUCCUUCUACGGAGACCCCCCCGAGGAGAUGCACGACUUUUCCGAAGACCCCACCUCCUCAGGACUCCUAGCCGCAGAACGUGCCGUGUCUCAGGUGUUGGACAGUUUAGAGGAGAUCCACGCUUUGACAGACUGCAGUGAAAAGGAUCUGGAUUUCCUGCACAGUGUUUUCCAGGACCAGCAUCUACACACGCUGCUGGACCUCUACGAUAAGAUCAACACCAAGUCGUCCCCACAUAUCCGAAACCCGUCCAGUGAUGCCGUACAAAGAGCCAAAGAGAGUUUCUCCCAAGACGGAGCAAGUGGCGCUUUGACACAACUGGAAUAUGUGCUGGAAGAGAUCUCCUGCUACCCAGAGAACCACGAAGCCAAGGAGCUCCGGCGGAUACUGACGCAGCCACAUUUCAUGGCGCUGCUGCAGGCUCACGACGUGGUCGCCCACGAGGUGUACAGUGACGAGGCCCUGAGGGUGACUCCUCCGCCCACCUCGCCCUACCUGAACGGAGACUCCCCAGAGAGCGCUAACGGAGACAUGGAUCUGGAGAACGUCACCAGAGUCCGCCUGGUCCAGUUCCAGAAGAACACAGAUGAGCCCAUGGGAAUCACGCUGAAGAUGAACGACUCCAACCACUGCAUCGUUGCCAGGAUCAUGCACGGGGGGAUGAUCCACAGACAAGGGACGCUGCACAUUGGUGAUGAGAUCAGGGAAAUCAACGGCAUUAGUGUGGCCAACCAGACUGUGGAGCAGCUGCAGAAGAUGCUGAGAGAGAUGCGAGGCAGCAUCACCUUCAAAAUAGUACCAAGUUACCGGGCGCAGGGCUCCUCGUGUGAGGACCUGCCGUCCACCAUCCAGCCCAAGGGUCGACAGAUUGUAUCCAGACCUCCGGUCAAGGAGAAAAUGUCGGUUAAGAUAUACGUGAGGGCUCAGUUUGAAUACGACCCCUCCAAAGACGAGCUCAUCCCCUGCAAGGAGGCCGGCAUUCGCUUCCGCGUGGGCGACAUCAUCCAGAUCAUCUCCAAGGACGACCACAACUGGUGGCAGGGCAAGCUGGAGAACACCAAGAACGGCACGGCGGGGCUCAUCCCCUCGCCGGAGCUGCAGGAGUGGCGGGUGGCCUGCAUUGCCAUGGAAAAAACCAAGCAGGAGCAGCAGGCCAGCUGCACCUGGUUCGGCAAGAAGAAGAAGCAGUACAAGGACAAAUAUCUGGCAAAGCACAACGCAGUGUUCGACCAACUAGAUCUCGUCACGUAUGAGGAGGUUGUGAAGCUUCCUGCCUUCAAGAGGAAAACGCUAGUUCUGUUAGGGGCUCAUGGAGUCGGCAGGAGACACAUCAAGAACACGCUCAUCACAAAACACCCGGAAAAGUUUGCCUACCCCAUCCCACACACGACCCGGCCUCCCAAGAAGGACGAGGAGAACGGGAAGAACUACUACUUCGUUUCUCACGACCAGAUGAUGCAGGACAUCAGCAACAACGAGUACCUGGAGUACGGCAGCCACGAGGACGCCAUGUACGGCACGCGGCUGGAGACCAUCCGCAAGAUCAACCAGCAGGGGCUGGUCGCCAUACUGGACGUAGAGCCUCAGGCCCUGAAGGUCCUGCGGACAGCGGAGUUCGCCCCGUAUGUCGUCUUCAUCGCUGCACCAACAAUCACGCCAGGCAUCAACGAGAUGCCCCGGUGGUGUCGAACGCUGCCUGACGAGUCUCUCCAGCGGCUGCAGAAAGAGUCUGAGAUCCUGCAGAAGACGUACUCCCACUACUUCGACAUGACCAUCAUCAACAACGAGAUCGACGAGACCAUCCGGCACCUGGAGGAGGCCAUGGACCUGGUGUGCACCACCAGCCAGUGGGUCCCCGUGUCCUGGGUCUACUGACCCAAACUCUGGUCACCAAGACAAACCUGACUUUUCAAACAGGAACCUUCUCUCUACACUGCACUUGAUUGGAAAACUCUCAGCGUGCUGCGAGGGCGACCCCGGCGCCCCCAAGUCCUCCUGAGCUCGGCGGCAGCUCGGCGUCCGACUCCGGCCCCGCGCACACGACCUAGUCAUAGUGUUGUAUAAAAAACAGAGUAAACUAAAAGUGAAUAUUGUCAUGUCUGUGCUAGCUAGGAGGCAACAUUUUUAUAGAUGUUUGUUUUAAAGAGACAGUACUGGGCCCUCCCCCCCUCAAGCUCCCACCUCCACCGGUUUGGGUGUGGUGAACAAUCUGGUGUCUGAUUCGUGGGUAAUUCUGACGGCAAAAGCACACAAACACACUGCAAUGCCUCCUCAUCUGUAGAUCCACUCAUUAUUUAUUCAUUCCUGAUCUUUUCUAACCCGUAACUCCAGAAAGCCUCCUCUCGUCUGCCCCGUUACCGUUACAGUAACGCCACACUAAGCACCUUCCUGGUACUGUCUCUUCUAAAUGAAUACGUAAAUGUUUUAGAGAUCUGAAUGAGGUUAUCAUGCAUGUGGACAUUUGAGAUCUUCCAUGCCAUCAGUCAGUCAGUCAGUCAGUCAGUCAGUCGGUGUCUCCUGUGUCCCUCUGUGAACCUCCGAGAAAGAAAAGACAUCUGAAACAUGCAUUCAAAGAAAACACAUUCCAGACGUUUGGAGAACUGCACUCAAUCAAGAAUCCAGAAAAAAAAAAAUAAAGAAAAGCAAAGUGGCGGAGCUGGACGUUGACUCGACGCCUAUGCACAUCCCUCAACUUUCGAGUGACAUUUCUUAACCACAGAUUUAUAGAAAGAUCAACCAUGUAAGUGAGAUGUGUUUUUAAGGAAAAAAAAAAAAUCUAAUAAAAGUCUUUUUUUUUUUUUCCUCUUUUUGAUUUAUCAUACACAAAAUAAUGACUUUUUUUGCCUGAUUUUUCUCAUUUGCCAUUUCAGAAUAAACGUGAUGUUCAGGUGGAG